UCUCUCUCGUUUCUUUAUCUAUUCAAUUGAGAAGCUAUAAACGAAUUUUCUUCUGAUCUAUUGCCACUAUUCUUGUUCCUGAAUGUUGUUUUUAGUAUUUGUUGAUUCCAGCAUAUCUCACCUUUCUGAUGCAGAAUUCACAUGCAUUAAUGGUUCUUUAUGGGUUAAUCUUUCUGUCUCAGCAUUUUCUUGAAUUAUUCUGUGGAUAAUUUUGGAUGCAUCUCUGUAAUUUUCAUAUUCAUGUAUUGGGCUGAAUAAGGGUAGCUGGGGACUUUUUUGGGGGGAGUAAAGGGCUUGAGUUGUUGUAUCAGAAGAGAGAUUAUUCGUUGUACAGAAUGGGGUGUAAAGGGUUCUGGGAAUGCCUGUUGAAGCUUUUGAACUUCUUAUUGAUGCUUGUGGGUUUGGCUAUGGUUGGAUAUGGCAUAUACCUCUUCGUGGAGUACAAGAACUCUGCUUCCUCUGGCGGUGAUGAGCCCGUUCCCCCGUCAAGUCAGGAGCUUGUACAGCUUGGUCGGCCCAUGCUGUUAGCUGUGUCUUUGGCCGAUAGCAUUUUUGACAAACUCCCAAAGGCAUGGUUUAUUUAUCUCUUUAUUGGAAUUGGUGUAGCUGUUCUUUUUGUUGCUUGUUGUGGUUGCAUUGGAACGGCGACUCGAAAUGGCUGCUGCCUGACUUGUUUUUCAAUACUGGUAAUCCUGUUGAUAUUGGUGGAGUUGGGACUGGCUGCUUUUAUAUUCUUUGACAAAAGCUGGCAGGAGGAAAUUCCAACUGACAAAACUGGGAACUUCGAUGAGAUAUAUAAAUUUCUGAAGGGCCAUUGGGAAAUUGUCAAGUGGGUUGCCCUUGGUGCUGUCAUACUAGAGGCAGUUAUAUUUUUGUUAGCACUCAUUGUAAGGGCUGCUAAUAGACCAGCAGACUAUGAUAGUGAUGAAGAAUAUAUAGGUGCGCCAAGGCAACAGAUCCGACAGCCAUUAAUAAAUAGACAGCCUGUGCCAGCCACCGGUGUCUCUGCCGCUAAUACCCUUGACCAGCGCCCCAGUAGGAAUGAUGCAUGGAGUACACGUAUGAGGGAAAAGUACGGGCUAGAUACUUCGGAGUUCACGUACAACCCUUCUGAGUCGGGCAGGCACCCGCAAGCUGGUACACAAGCCGCAGAGGAAGGGAGUCGCUGCAUCAUAAUGUGAUGCUGAUGCUUGGUUUUGCACGUAUUAGUGUAUGUUCUGAACCGGAUUGUAAUUAUUUGGUGUGAGAUCUUUGUAUCUUAUGAGAUCAGUGUUGGACAAAAACACACGAUUUCUCCCGUCUCAUUAAUUUGAAGUCUUGUUUCCUCUUUC